CCCCUCUUCCUGCCAGGCUGCAGCCGGGAGAGUACAGACCUGGGAGCAAUGGAACCGUGAAGCUCCUAACCAUGGGGAAUUUAGGGGAUAACAGACCUGAGGGGCUUUGAACCAUCUGUAUCCAAGUCAUGGGCAUUCGGUUUUGUAAGGAUGGCCAGUUUUGUGAAAUCGUAAUAGAAGACAUUGAUGAAACCACAUUGCUGAAAGAGAAAGAGAAAAAGAAGAAGAAGGAAGAGCCUCCACCCUCACCCCCUCCUUCUCCGCCUCCACCUCCUCCACCAAAGAAAAAGAAGCGCCCUGACCAAGAGCAGAAAGCCGUACAGAUCCAGGCGUGGUGGCGGGGCACUCUGGUGCGCAGGACCUUGCUGCACGCGGCGCUCAGAGCGUGUGUCAUUCAGCACUGGUGGAAGGUGACGAUGACAAAGCUGCUGGAGAAGAGAAAACGAGUAGCCCUAGAGUCCUUCUCGCAGCAGGAACGGGCGGCGGUCAAGCUGCAGUCCUUGGUCCGCAUGUGGCGCAUCCGCCAGCGGUACUGCCGUUUGCUCCACGCUGUCCGCAUCAUCCAGGUCUAUUGGCGCUGGCAUAACUGCCACACCCGUGGCUUUUUCCGUGGCAACUAUGACCUCACAGCAACCCAUCUAGGUCUUGAACUCGAGAUUUUUUUGGGGUCACAGAUUUGUCGGAUUACAGACAGCAUCCCCUUCCCAAUAAAGAACUGA